UUUUUCGGCCGAUCCCAAGAGGAGGGGCCGGGGACUCCUGAGCUCCAGUGGGAGCGAGAUUGCUCACUCGAGUUUAGCUGUCUGGCAUCGAGCUCCAAACUUCCCGGAACGCCGCUAGAGAUUAAGCGACUGUGAGGACGAAGGGAAGGAGCGGCUGCCCCGCAGAAACUUAACCGAGCGCAGGAACGAGCUCUUCUUUCGGUAGCUGGAGAGGAAAGAGGCUCUCCCCAGCAUGGGCCUCAUGGAGUGGCUGCCUUUUGGCGUGUACGGUCUGGUGCUCGCUACCGCUCUGGCUUUCGGGGCGUUGUGUACUUUCGGCAGGAGGAAAAGGCACCCUGGAGAACCUCCCUUAAUAAAUGGUUGGAUUCCUUUCUUGGGAGAGGCCCUAAACUUUAGAAAAAAUGCUACUGGUUUUUUAUUAAGUUUGUAUAAAAAACAUGGAGAUAUUUUUACCGUAUACAUGGCUGGCAAAUAUAUUACAUUUAUAAUAAACCCCCUCCAAUAUCCUGUUGUGACCAAGAACAGCAAGUAUCUGGAAUUUUCAGAAAUUGCAGAUCAGUUAUCAAGCCAAGCAUUUGACCAUCCGCCGAUUAUAAAUGGGAAAUGCCCUGACCUAAAUGAACCUGUACACAGGAAUUAUCAAUACCUUCUUGGCAAAUCAUUGGACACACUCUCCGAUAAUGUGAUGAGGAACCUCCAAAUUAUAUUUAAGAAAAAGUUCUCACAAAUGGUAGAUUGGGAGAUGGAAAAAAUGCACAAGUUCUGCUUCUCUAUAAUAUUUGAAGCCAGCUUUAAAACAUUUUUUGGAAGGGAUCCUCAUAAUGAUAGCUAUAAUGUUACCGAUGAAAUUGGAGAAAAAUUUCUCAAGUUUGAUGCCAAUUUUUCCUAUUUGGCUCUAAACAUACCAAUUGCAUUGCUGGGAGCAACCAAGAAGAUCCGGAGAGAAUUCAUAAACUAUUUAAAUCCAAAAAAGAUGGAGAAAUGGUUAGAUGUUUCUGAAGUGGUCCAAGACAGAAAAGAUCUAUUGGAAAACUAUACAGUGCUUAGCGAUUAUGACAAAGCAGCACAUCAUUUCGCCUUUCUGUGGGCCUCGGUGGCAAACACAAUUCCUGUUGUAUUCUGGACGAUAUAUUAUCUGUUGAGGCACCCAGAAGCUUUUGCAGUGGUGCGUGACGAAAUUGACCAUUUGCUGAAGUCAACAGGUCAAGAAAGGAGGCCUAGAUACAGCAUCUACCUCAGCAGAGAACAAUUGGACAACCUAGUCUACCUAGAAAGUGCCAUAAAUGAGAGCUUGCGAAUGUGUUCCUCAUCAAUGAAUAUCCGUAAAGUCAAAGAAAAUUUUAUUUUCAACUUUGAAGAGAACCGUGAAGCCUGUUUGAGAAAAGGAGAUUUGUUAGCAAUUUUUCCUCCAAUUCUGCACAUGGACCCUGAAAUCUACGAAGAUCCUCAAACAUAUAAAUUUGACCGCUAUGUGGAGAAUGGCAAGAAGAAAACAACCUUCUUCAAACAGGGAAAAAAGCUGAAAUAUUUCCUAAUGCCGUUUGGCUCUGGAAGCAGCAUAUGUCCUGGCAGAUUCUUUGCAAUGAAUGAAAUUAAACUCUUUAUGAUUUUAGCAUUGGUUUAUUUUGAUAUGGAUAUAAUGGAAGACAAACAACUUGGAGUUGGCAAGGAUAGAAUAGGCUUUGGUAUUUUACUGCCAGAUUCUGACAUUAUGUUUCGUUAUAAGAUUCGGUCUUAGUACAGAACCUCUAUUGCUUAUAUAACUAUCUUACUCAAAUCAGUCUUUUAUUAAAUGUAAUGUAGCAUUUGGAUUUAUGGGUGUCUUUACAAGUUUACCGUAAUUUCAUUGUUAUCAAGUGUUUUAAAUAUUAUCAUAGACUGUGCUUUUUUGGGCAAAAAAAGAAUGAGAGGUAGAUAUAAUCCAUGUAAAUUAUUUUUAUGAUACGAGUUCUGGGAUCUAAGGUCUCAUAAGUAAUUCUGAUUCCUCCAUGCAUCCAUUGGUCUUCUAAAGAGAAUUUGAUACUAAAACUAAAAUCCUAAAUAUCUUUUUCGGAAGGUAAAAUCUACUCAUCCUGGUGACACGUAAUUCAGAGUAAACAUAAAUAAGGGUCACUUUUCCUGUUGAUUCUGGAAAAAUUACAAUAUUAAGUAUUGCUUCUAUUGCCACCUGUGGCAUGAUAACAAGGAUUUAAUCUUUCAUUCCUACAUUCACACAGAAAACAAAAUGUCAAAAAAGCUAAAUGUUUUUCCGUGCCAAGGUACUUCUGUUUUGUAGCCAACAGUUUCCUUCUACUGGGGAGUCUCUCACUAGGUGAUAUCAUUUGGCAAAAGCUGGGAAACUUGCUAAAAAUAUAAACUCUGACAAACCCCUUCCCCAUCCUUUUUAUAUAUCCUCUAUAACUACCUUGGUAUGAAGAAGACUAGGAAUGCUCAAAAGACUCUCCUUAUAUGGAUAUUGCAAUAAAGCAAGAUAGCUUGAAAAAUAUGGCCAAUACAGGAAAGGUAUUUGUCUUCAUUUCAACCAGGCACUUCAUUUUGCAGAGAUGAAGAGAUUCUGCUCAUCACGGAAAGAAGGAAUACAGUUCUCACUGAUGCACUUUAUGAUGCUUCAACACUUUGACAACCAGUUCCAUAACCAGAAUUGGUUCUACACAUAUCAUGCUAUUUUUUUUCCUUCUCUUCAAUCCUGCCAAAUUCUGAGAGACUCCCUGGACAAGUCCCUGCCGUUUACUUAGCAAAGUUUUUUCAGAAAUAAUUUGCCAUUGUCUUAGUCUGAGGGCUGAGAGGCAGUGACUGACUGAAGGUCAUCCAGCUGACUUUGUGCCCAGGCUGGGGUUAGAACUCCCAAUCUCCUGAUUUCUAGCCUGAGGCCCUAACCCAACCUUGGGAACUUGAAGACUUGUGGACUUCAACUCCCACAAUUCUGGCUGAGGAAUUCUGAGAGUUGGAAUCCACAAGUCUUCAAGUUCCAAAGUUGGAGACCUCUGUUCUAACCACUACACCAAACUGUCCCUAUACAUGUACAGAUUUUCUUUCCUAAAAACAGGGAUGCGUGGCCUUACAAAUCAAUUUCAUAGAAAUAUUUUGUCCAAAAUUUUAUACAGCUCUAAUAGGUUAUCUGUAAUAUAACAUAAUUUAUGAAGCAUUGACUAAUUAGAUAAACUACCUGCCUGUGCUAUUGGUACUCAUAUGUGGGAAGAAAUAAACUUUUUUUAAAUUAAUCUGUCAGAUUUAUUCUAGGAGGUGAUGGCGCACACUCUGUGGACAAAUGCAUUGCAUAGUCAGUUGAAGCUCAAAAUCUAGUUAUAUUUUUAACAGAAUGAUAAGCGAAAGUAACAUUAUUCCAAUGUUGUACAGACAUGCUUGCAGAAAUGUCAACUGUGAAACAUACCCUACAGUUGUAAGGAUUCUCCUUUGGCAACCUUUUGAUAUCAACUGUGGGGCGAAUUAAAUGCAGAUUAUUUGUUUAAAACAUGGCUUGCAUUUUGAUUCAAGUUAUGAUUUUAUAUUUUGAAAUUGUAAAUAUCGUGUGUUGAAUGAUAAAAAUGUAAUGGCGCUUUGUUAAAUAGGACAGCAACACACACGCCAGAAUAAUCACUGCUCUAUAGCUGAUGUGUCUCUCUGGGAACCAAGAGCAGACAACACUUGUAAAUGUACAACUGAGAUCUAUGAAAGGGUACAGUUGGCUGCUACUUGAUGCUCAAACUUUCCCUGGAUAUAGAAAAAAAAAGGCAACCAAGAGGCUAUGUCCAAACCCUGCACUACACUAUAGACUUGAUGGAUCUUCAAACAGAUUUUUCUGCAAUGUUUAUAACAAAGUCAUGUUUGAGAGGAGCAGUUGUUUUUCUUUUCAACUGGAACUAAUAAGUUGGUGCAAAUUCUUGCAGCCCAUCUCCCCACACUUCCGUAAAAUAAUUCUCUGGUUUGGGUUUUCCUCAGCAAAGCUACUCAUGGUCAACUAGCAUCAUUCUUCUAGAAUUGACAGGGUAAAACAAUACAAAAUAUUAAUGAAAAUGAUUAAGAGGACUCUUCUUCCUAGUUUUAAAGCCUGGCCCGCUCACCCUUAACCACAACACAACCAUUCCUGAUAAUAUCAUUGUGAAAUUGCCCUUACUCUAUGCCCAGGAACUAAGUGAGACUUAGAUACACUGGAAUAAAACUAGUAUUUUCCCUUUUAAGGUGACGUUCUUCUAUCAUAGCUCCAAUGUUUGUAAAAUUUAUAAUGCUUUAUUAUAAUCGUAUAACAAUAUACUACAUUAUUUUGGAACUGUGGUCAGCUGGAAUCUCCCUAAAAUGGCAUCCUCAGCAGAGGGUUUGUUAUUUUUAUUUUUUGCCAAAAUCAGACAGCUGGUUUUGUUGCCAAAGCUGGCUCUUUGGCAGCACGCUUUGAACAGGAGCUACUAGGAAUGAGCAAGAUGACCAUUGGGUGACUAUGGAACUACCUGAGAAGAGGAGCUAGAAGGUAGCAAUUCUCAGUGGGAGGAGUCAGAGGGCAGAGUCUCUUAUCUAUUUCUUUCCAGCUUCCUGCUGUUUUAAAAACUUAUGGUGCUUUUCCUGUCUUUGAUAGGAGCUGUUUAUGACUAGCUAUAAAAGUUUCAGCUGUAAAAUUUUAACUGCUAAAUAUUUUGGACUACAUCAAAAUUGUCAAAAUGCAAGCAGUAUAUCAAGACAAAGUUUAUUGGAUAAAUUGGGCAGAAAGAAUACUUUUCAACUUACAAGUUCAACUUGAAAAUUUGGCUAAAAAGCUUGAUAAAAUAACAAUGGUUUUAGAAAUUGGUAGCCCAAUGCAAAUAACAGUGCUAAAACGAGAUUUACAAUUAGAUGGAUUAGAAUGUAAUUUGAUGCUGGCAGAUCUGAAAGAUGAGGUGGACUUAGGAAAGUUGGUUAGAGGACUCCAAGAAAGGUAUGGAUAAUAAAGACUCAAAAUUGGUCGGUGAUGAGCUCGACUUUUUAAGGGAGAUUGGGGAACAGAUUUAUUAUACCCAGUCAGAAAAGAAAUGUUAAGAGGUGUUAUGUUACAAUUUACAGGAGACUGUUUUGUACAAUACAUACUAUGGAGAUACACACAACAGAGACUUCUGACUUUGGGGAAUAAAAACUGCUAGAAAACAUCCCAAUUAAUAUCUUAAGGGAAAGCCUUAUUAUUAAGAAUCAGUUGAGGAUAUUUGAUCCCAGACAAAUCAGAGACAAUAUCUGUGGUGAAUUUUGGUAGACCAGAAGCCAUCGCCGACUUUCUGCAAGUGAAAUACAAUAAAUGGAUUGUUAACAGAA